GUGAAAAAAAUAUUCACGCGCUGUAAUUUUGAUAAUAAAUCUUUUCUAGUUUAUACAGUCGAGAGUUUGUAUUUUCAAAUUGAAAUAAAUUUAUUUUUUAUCAGGUAUGAAGAGAAUUGCAAUUGUUGGCGCCGGUUGCAGUGGCUUAGCGGCGGUAAAAAGUUGUCUUGAGGACGGUUUAAAACCCGUCUGCUUCGAAACGGAACCGGACAUAGGCGGUCUAUGGAACUAUUCAGACGAUGCUAAGGUCGGAAAGGGCAGCAUCUAUAAAUCAUGUGUGAUUAAUACCAGUAAAGAAAUGAUGGCAUUUAGCGAUUUUCCGCCGCCGGAACAUUUCCCUAUGUUCAUGCCUCACAAAUACGUACUACAGUAUUUUAGAAUGUACGCUGAUAAAUUCGGACUGUUAAAACAUAUUCAAUUCAACACAUCAGUGCUGCGGGUUGUGCAAUCAGAUAAAUACGAAUCUGACGGAAGUUGGGACAUCACUGUUCGUCGGGAAGGUGGAGACAUAAAGACAGAAACAUUCGACGGAGUGUUAAUAUGCACUGGACAUCAUACAUUUCCCUAUCAACCAAACUUCUCGGGUUUAAGUCGAUUUGAAGGCACAACACUACAUUCCCAUGGAUACAAGGAAAAUUCUCAGUUCAUCGGCAAGAGGGUCGUUGUCGUAGGUAUUGGUAAUUCUGCAGUUGACAUUGCCGUUGAUCUUAGUCACGUUGCGUCUCAGGUGUAUUUGUCGACACGUCGAGGCGCGUGGGUUAUCAGCAGAAUGGGAUUCUGGGGACUUCCGGCGGAUGCCAUGGCAAAUAAUCGCUUCCUGUUCUCACUUCCGCACUCUGCACUCGAAUGGAGCGUUGAAAAGAUGGCCAACUUUAGAUUCGAUCAUGAAAGCUACGGAAUAAAACCAAGACAUAGAGCUCUACAGGCGCACCCUACAAUAAAUGACGAGCUUCCAUAUCGAAUAAUGACAGGCGGUCUACGAGUCAAACCUAACAUUCAUCAUUUCAACGAAAACUCAGUCCAGUUUGAUGACGGCUCCGUCGAGGAAGUAGAUGCUGUGAUAUUUGCUACCGGAUAUGAAUAUAAAAUUGGAAUCGUAGACGAGUCAAUCACGAGAGUAGAGGGAAACAAAACGUCAUUGUACAAGUAUAUGUUUCCGCCACACCUAUCCCAUCCUACCUUGGCAGUAGUUGGUCUCGUCCAGGCAAUAGGCGCCGUAAUGCCUAUCUCAGAAAUGCAAUGCAGAUGGUUUACUAGAAUAAUUAAAGGUGAAAACAAAUUGCCGCCUGAAGACGUAAUGAUGGCAGACAUAGAAGACAAACGAGUGACCAUGGCUAGCACAUACGUUUCCUCUCAACGUCAUACUUUACAGUGUUUCUGGAUUCAAUAUAUGGACGACAUUGCGACCGAAAUUGGUGUAAAACCAAAAUUAAAGGAAAUGUUUAUUGAGGACCCGAUGCUGGCCCUUAGAUGUCUCUUCGGUCCAUGUGUUCCAACACAGUACCGUUUACAAGGCCCCGGAAAAUGGGAAGGCGCGAAAACCGCCAUUACAGGCACGAUGUCAAGGUCAUUAGCACCAAUGAAAACGAGGCUACUGCCAAAGAACUCCUGCUUACCUGAAUCUGUAGAUAAAUUUGUGAUUUCGGUACCAAAAUAUCUUACGUCUUACUUCUUCCUCGCUUUUGUCUUUUUCUUGUUCUUCUGUAUGGUUAUCAUGUGAGUUUAUUUAGCCGAAUAAACUCUUUGUUUAUGAAAUCGCUUUGCAGAAAACCACAAAACGGGAAUGACAAAACUGCGUGACGAAGUCGCUACUUUUGGAGAUAUUGAAGUGCGUCGAAACGAAGCAUUUACAUUGCAGUUACAUGUGAGCCAAAUAAUAUGCAACAUACGUACUUAAUGCAAAGGAAUAUGUUUCGAACUAUUUCUUACGCAGAGACGAUCUAUUUCUCACGUUUUGACGAUCUAUUUCUCCCAUUUGAAGAUCUAUUUCUCACGUUAUGACGAACUAUUUCUAUGGCAGUGACGAACUAUUUCUAUGGCAGUAACGAACUAUUUCUCAAUCUGCAACGAACUAUUUCUUACACUGUGAAAAUACUUUUUACACUGCGAUGGUCUUUAUGUACUGUUGUUGGUAAAUAUUGCAUAAUCACCUGAAAAUAUUUCAUUUGUCUCAUCGAUUAUUGAUUUUAAACCUGAUUAUUUAUGUAAGAGCUUAAAGGGCGGAAGAUAUGAUGACAUUGUUUAACAAAAUCAAAUGAUGUCUUAUCCGUUUUCAUGUUUAUCUAACGUCUGCAUGAAUAGGCAUAUGCAAUAAUAUGAAACAUUUUUGUGAUAUAUUUACUCGAAUGCACAUAAUUCUAUGUCUCAGUUGUGAAGGGCAUGUAAUGUCUUAUAUCAUCGUGUUAUUGUAUAUACAUGUAUUAUAGUAAAAAAUCAGCACUGCUGUUUGUUUAUAACAAUAUAUGUUAUAUAUCCUUCAUAUUAAGCACUGUUAUAAAAUUUUGUUUUAAUUAUGUAUGAGAUAUGUAUUUUUAACAUAAUUAAUUUGUUCUUCUGAUAUUUAUUUC